UUUUAUAAUUGUUCCAACUUUCCCAAAAGAAUUGUAAUCAACCCACAAAAGAUCUUGAAAGCGCGUGAAAAUUCAAAAAAUAAAUGGUUAGUUGCAUAUGAGAUCAUUCUCAUUUUAUCCUCUGAAUGCCAGUACCACUGACAUUUUUGCAGUUUCAUCACUACCAUAAAGCUUGAUCCAUUUGUCCCCUUUCUCCUCUUCUUCUGUUUAGACGACGCCUUGUUUUCUCUUAUCUUUUCUUUCUCUGUCUCUUUUCAGUGAUCGGUUCUUGGAUCACUCGCCCAACAGAUUUUCCUUAAAAAAAUGAGCUAAGUUUGACUGAUCAGAGAAACUUAGCGAAAACCCAUCAAACACAGUGAAUCAGAUUAAUUUUAAGUGUUUCCCUUGUUUCAAAUUUCGUGCUUUUUAGCUUUUUCGGUUUUUUUGUUGUCGUUGUUGCAGAGAUUAAUGGGGAAAAGCAAUAGUAGCAGAGACUGGACUCAGAUCUAUGCUAUUUACGGCAUGGACCAGUGGCAAACACUCAUUUUCCUUCUAUUCCAUGCUGUUUUUUUCUCACUACUUUCCCUUAUCUUCCUUCUCUACUUCGAAUCCAUCUUCCACUUCUUCCAAACUUUCCUCUCGAGUCCCGGCGCAGCCCGUUUCGCCGCCGGAUUCAGCGGCUGCGUCACGGCGAUUUCGGCUGUAUGCUUGUUUUUCGCUGCGGCUAACUUCUUUUAUUCCGCCGGGCCGUUGCAUUACGACAUGGCGCAGCGGAUGGUGGGAUCGGUUUACGACUGGUCGACGGUGAAGCUGGCGCUUGAUAUCGGGUGCGGCAGAGGAAUUCUUCUCAAUGCGGUGGCUACCCAACUGAAGAAAACCGGUAGUUCGGGUCGGGUUGUCGGGUUGGAUCCUUCUAAACGAACUACUUUGUCUACGCUCCGAACCGCCAACGUGGAAGGUGUGGGGGAGUACGUGACGUGCAGAGAGGGCGACGUGAGGAGCUUACCGUUCGGAGACAACUACUUCGACGUGGUGGUUUCUGCCGUGUUUGUGCACACCGUGGGGAAAGAAUACGGCCACAGGACGGUGGAGGCGGCGGCGGAGAGAGUGAGAGUGUUGGGGGAGAUGGUAAGGGUGUUGAAGCCCGGUGGGGUGGGGGUUCUGUGGGACCUCCUCCACGUGCCGGAAUACGUGCGGCGGUUACAAGAACUAAAGAUGGAAGAUAUUAGGGUUUCCGAGCGUGUAACUGCCUUCAUGGUUACCAGCCACAUGGUGUCGUUUCGGAAGCCAAGUCAGCACAUCAUAGGUCCCGGCGAGGUCCGCUUGGACUGGAGAUGCUGACGUGGAAAUUACUGAAGUCAAAUU